UCCUUCGCUGGUCCAACUCCCCGAAGAGGGGGCACCCUCGUCAUUUCCUAUCUGGACACGGCUUCCUCGGACACCAUUUCCCUUCCUUAUUUAUACUCUUCCUUCCACGGGGAGCCAAGGCGGAGAAAGAUAGAUGGACGCAAAGCUAGAGAUGGAGGAGUUUGGGAACAGAGAGGAGAUUCGAUUGCUCGUGGAUGAUGACGAUGGGUUGGCUUCCUCUUGUUCUCCUGCCGCUGCCUUGUGCCUCUGCAGGAUUUGCCAUGAGGAGGAGGAAGAGAGGAACACGAGCAUGGAAUCCCCCUGUGGCUGUUCUGGGACCCUAAAGUUUGCUCACAGGGAAUGCAUCCAGAGAUGGUGCGACGAGAAGGGGAGCAACGUUUGCGAGAUUUGCCUCGAGAAAUUUGAACCUGGAUAUACCAUCCCUGAGAAGAAGGCCUUGAUCGAUGUGGGAGUGACCAUCAGAGGAAGCUUGGAGGUCCCCAGGCUCAAUUACGACCCCCGUAACCCGGAGUUCGUCGCGGACGACGAUGCCGGCUCUGAUCGCGCCGAGUGCUCUCCCGCGUCGCGUCGACGCGCUUCCUACUGUCGAUCGAUCGUGCUCCUGCUCAUGAUGAUCUUACUGAUGAGAAAUCUCAUCGCGGUGAUCACGGUCGGGGACGAUCGCUACGCAUUCACCAUCCUCACUGUGUUCCUGCUGAGAGCCAGUGGAAUCCUGUUGCCAUUCUACUUGGUGAUGCGGUUCGUUUCUGCGUUCCAGGAAGCACACCGGCAGGAUCAGCUCCAUAUGGAAAAUACUGGUAGAUUGGGAUGGGAAGAAGAGGAGGAGGAGGAGGAGCACAGAAUCCAUAUACGCUUCUGACCACAUCACUUGCGGUGUUUAUAAUGUUUUGUCCAAUCCUUGUUGGAUUCUCAUUUCUGUGUAUAUUGUUAUUGUACCGAGGCAUGGAUUUCCAUUGGUGAAUGGAACAACCCCUCGAUUCUUUCUCAGCUCGUCCCAAAUUGAAAGAAGAAGUCAGUGAGAACUUAAAGACGUUAUUUGCUUGUAGUAGUUCCUAAACUUGCACGGUGGCCUCCCAAGUGCAGUCAGGAUUUGGUACAUUGUACUGCACUAUAGUGGAGAUUUGCCAAAGGCUUCAUCAGAGGAGUGAGUCUACCAAAAACAGGGAUUCAUGUCACUGCAUACUCUUCAAACAAAGAAAUGGAAGCACUCAAUCAUAAGUGCCAUAUAAACUUA